AUGUGGGCGAUUCUUUUCGUGACUUCCGUGUUGGCUGAAGUGAGCGUUGAGAAUCUGUGCGAGGAUCGAUGCAGUCGCAUCUAUCAACGUUCCCUGGCUCGAGUAGGCUUUGACGAUGAGAAACUUCGAAAUCUUCUGGAAAAGCAGAGACCAUUGGGGACAGUGAAAGACGUUUGUUGGAGAGUAUACGAUCAUCUGGAUUGUAUGAAACAUUGUGGCGAUUCGCCGGAACACGAAAAAUUUGCUAAAUAUGUGCGAGUAAAAUGCAGAUUUGCACUAAGAGGAAUCGACAACGCGUUGUCAUGCGUAAGUCGCUACCAUUCCUUCAUGGAAGUCAGAUGCUCGACGUUUCUCAAAGAAGCGGAACGACUAAAAUCAUUAGCAGAUCCUUCCUAUACGCCCGGUCAGGAGAUCUGCAGAUAUCUUCACUUGAAUACAUUGUGUUUGGAGAACACAGUGUCAAUGUAUUGUGCAAAUGCUAAAAAAGUUUUUCGAAGACUUAAUUUCAGAGACUACUUCCCUAAUUUUAUUCUUCCCUCAAACGAUACGUUGUUUGACGAUCUCGACUUGGACGCGUGCCAAAUGUUCGAUUUCGUCAGGAAAAAUAUAAAAAUGCCGGAAAAACAACUUGAAGAGGAGUUGACUACUGUGAUAAACAACCUUGAAAGGGAUGCGGAAGCGAAACAAAAACCUCCGCCUACCGUUAUAACAUCUACGGACAGAACGGAGUUCACAACACUUUUGAAGGAGCUUCUCGAUGAAUCUGUUUCCUCAGAAACGACACUACCUGCUCCCAAUAGUGGCACCAAAAAGAUUAAAACCACUUGUACUCGUACAAGGACUACACCUACACUUAGGAGUACAAGUACAACUCCUGUUACCACUACUACUACUACUACUACUACUGCUACGGCUACUAGUACUACUACUGCUACUACUACUGGUAUAGACGAUGAGUCCGAACAUGAGGAGUACGAGGAAUAUGAGGAGGAGAAGCGAAAAAAUGUGACUAUUGAUGUGGUACCGAUUAGGAACAUGUUGACACCAUCCACGAGAACAAACGUAACUGAAAGCCCACACCUUACCACUAAACGACGUCUCUUCUCGGACGAUAGUUGGGAACAACCGCCACCAAAUUUUGGGUACUCAUCGAUGAGAUUCGCAAACGGUGGUGUCACUCCUUUAAACAUAGACACAAGCACUCUAUUUGAUAUGGAUGAUGAAAACGAUGAGGAUGAAGAAGGUGAAGAGGAGCGAAACGAUGAGGAAAAGAAGCCGCCCGCGGCUAUGGGACGAAAAAAAGAAACUCCGCGAAGGGUUGAGGUCGAAAAAACGCCGAAAUCCCUCAGCGCAACGGAUCAGAAACGUGGAACGCAUCAGACACAGCGAAACGCAUCCGCCGUAACGCAACAACCAGAGACAUCGAUGACAGAAAACACGGGACAGACAGACGCUCAUACUAUGGAAACUGUAACUCCUGUGACUCCACUUUUACGCGGUGAUGUGAUCGUGAAAAGAAUUCACGAGUGGGACGAUGAGGGGACUAAUAGCCAAGAAUUCGGCGCCAACUUGAUGAGGGAUAAAGCCGAUGAAGAGCUCACGGAUAACACUAUUUCAAUGGAAAUUAUGGAUCAUACGGAAUCAUCGCUAGAAAUCGGGAACACCACCAUGUUACCCCGUUCGAAUAUCGAUUGCGCAGUCGGUGAGAGGUUCCGCCAUGACAGCACGAUCGAUCAGAGGUUCGAAUCCGCUCUAAUGCUCACCAAGCCUUUCAUCCCUCCGCGGUCGAUAAAUUGGUCGGCCAGACUUGUCCGGGAAGAUAAAAACACUGACUUGACCCUCAACGGUUCGAGUGACAGUGAUGAGUUCGACAGUGACAGUGAAGAGUCUGAAGAAAGAGAUGUUGCUCCAGAAGGGAGACCAAACGUCUACUCGACCAUUCCACCACUCCACGCUGCAAAAUUUAUGAACACGUCCGUUAUGAGACGCAGACGUUAG